CUUGAACGCUGCCUUCACCGUUCAGUGCGAGUCCAGGCAGAGGCCAGCCAGUCUUAUCAGUCUGUCCCCGCCGCUCAGGUUUCGGCCAACUUAUCAGAGAAGAAGCAGCCGGGCGGAUUUGGGUUCGGGACGUUUUGCUGUUUGAGACCCAGAAAGGUGCCAAACGCGGGACGCUCGACGCGAUGUCCAGGCGCAAACUUGGAAGCAGACCACAGCACCUGAGUGCGUUUCAAGAUGCCAAUGAAAUGGCGGACGGCACCGGCUCAUCAGACGACCCUCUUCCUCCUCCUCCGCCUCCGCAGGUCCGAGCUCCUGAUGAGGGUCGUGACCUGCUGACCUGCGGACAGUGCAGCCAGGCCUUCCCCCUCGCCCACAUCCUGGCCUUCAUCCAGCACAAACAGGGCGGCUGCCGCUCUCGAAGCCAAGCCCCAAACGCCAGCACCACACCCCCCUCACCUGCCAACCGAGCACAACAGCACGUUGCAAACGCCGAGCUGGGACCUGGCUUCAUCGAGCUGAGGAGAGGGGCGGCCAGAGACAGGGUCUGGGGGGAGGAGCCCAAUGUGAAUUUGAAGGCGGAGUCCAGCAAAGCAGUGCCAGAGGAGCCGUCUUAUUUCACCUGCCAGCAGUGUGAAGGCGUGUUUGCAUCUGCAUGGGUGCUCUUACAGCACGCUCAGCACACACACUCCUUCAGCAUCUACCAAGAGGACGUGGAGGAUGAUGCAGACAUGAGAGGAGGAGGUCUUAAAGAGCACAAACCCGUGGCAGCCACUCUGGACCCACGCCACCUGAGCCAGGCUCUUGCCUCGGCCUUUCAACCCUCCGUCCUGCGCCUCAGUCACUCCCGUCAGACACACACUGCCUCCACCUCCUCCUCCAGUAACACACAGGCUAUGAACUUCUCAGUGCGUCUCAGGGAGCUCGCCGAGGGGAAUAACAACACCACCAGCAGCUCCGCCGGCGGCCUGGUGCUGUCUCCAUCCUCCUCUCCACCUGCAGCUUCUCCCUUUCCUCAGACUGGCACCCUCCAGGCUGACUACCACUGUGAGCUGUGUGACCAGAACUUUCACUCCCUGCGCGCCCUGUCCGCCCACCGCCGGACUCAUGCUUGCGAGAGGCCCUAUCACUGUGGAGUUUGCGGGCAGGCCUUUGCCCAGAGCGGCCAGCUGGCCCGUCACAUAAGGAGUCAUCACAGGGAGGCUGGAGGUGGAGGAAGUGGAUAUGAGCCGGUGGAGAUGGCUGUGAUGGAGGAGGAUGUAGGGAGGCAGAGGAUGAGAGGGAGGUUUCAAAUGCAGGCAGUUGGAAACAUGGGAAAGGGAAUGGUUGGUGCAGACGUGAGGGCUCAGGGUCCCUCCGAGCUGGAACUGACCCUCCCCAAACACCCCUCCAUAGCUGCAGGCCUGAUGCUGCUGACAUCACAGGUUAGACCGCCAGACAGGGAGUUGUUGAGGCUGUACCAGCGCCAGAGAGAGGGGGGAGAAGGAGGGGAGGAGGAGGCAGAGGGGCAGGGGGAGCCCCAGCACACCUCACCUUGCGCCAGCCCAUCUGAAGGCUCACUGGAGAGCGGAGAGACAGGGGGCAGCGGCGAGAGCGGCAUCGCUAGUGGCAACUGCACACCCAAACGUCCGGAGAUGGGCGAGAGAGUGCGAGGAGUUGGAGAGUGGGAGAACGAGAGAGGAGAGAUCAUUGAGAGGGAGAAAGAGUGGAGCUCAGUCAAAGUGAGCGAGGCUGUGCAGGAGUGGCAGAGGGAGAACGAGCGGAGGAGUGUAGCAGGAGGUGUCAGCAGUGGAGGAAACAGUAACAACGCUACUGCUGGUUCAGCUGGGAAAAAGAAGAAAGACGAGGCCUGCGAGUACUGUGGUAAACAGUUCAGAAAUAGCAGCAACCUGACCGUGCACCGCCGCAGCCACACAGGUGAGCGGCCCUACCGCUGUGGCCUCUGCAACUACGCCUGCGCUCAGAGUUCAAAGUUAACGCGCCAUAUGAAGACCCACGGUGCACAGGGAGCUAAGGCUUCCUUUUUGUGUCAGCUGUGCACGGUGCCCUUCACCGUCUACGCCACUCUGGAGAAACACCUGAAGAAAGUUCACGGCCUGAGCCACGCCAGCGUAGGAGCGUACGCACAGGCCAGCGCCGCAGACACUUUAGCUGCUAGAAAAGCUGAAGAAGAAGCAGUGGUGGUGAAAAUGGAGGAGUAUGAAGCCAGUUUGGAUCAGAUGGAAAUGGAGAGCAAAAUGGAGAGUAAUGUGGUGAAAAGCAUGGAGGUGGAGGAGAGCCAGAGCCACGCAGAGUAUGUGGAGAGCAGAGGGAGUCCAGCCAUAGUGGGCGACCUCCCACCGGAGAGCAGUGCAGAAGUGAGCCCAGCUUUGACUUCUGCACCAUGAGAGCCGCUCUCACCCACCAAUUGACAUUCAAAUAGCACUGUAUACGAUUCAAGUUGCCCUUCAAAUAAAAAGAACUCACCCCAUCCUUGAACUGACAGUCAAGUUAAACUGGAAUCUAGAGAAGAAGAAGAAGAAGAAGCUACAGAGCUGUAGAAAAUCAGCAGGAAGCACUGAGGCCCACAGAACAGUUGUUCACAAUUGUAUGCAAAGCUGUUGGCUGAAACUAGGUGCCUACAGCUCUUUAGACCACAGAGCAAAACAAGGCCAUGACAUUCAACAGGGAGAUUACCAGAGCUCUUGAACAGGAAGUGCACUGCCACAGUCCACACCGACACAGGAAACUGAUCACCAUGUUGCAGUGCAGGAUGCAAAAGACGAGUGAUUUAUCUCUCUGGUGACCCACUGGACAGGUGGAGACGGAUAUUAACUGUCAGAUAAUACAGAGAACGGAUUAUAUUGAAUAAAAAAAGCCUAGCAAUAGAACAAUGUUAAUAUAUUUUCCAGCAUCAGCAGAUGGAGAGAGGUGAUACUGUGCUACCUAGCUGUUUUCUUUUGAGAAGACCUUUUAAAGACUAAAGAUGUGUUGAACAGACGCAGGGGUGAAAUGAAUCCAAACACUGUCUGCCUGCAGUUUCUCAGACUCUUCUUUUUAAAGGCGCUUGGUUGUCACAACACUUGUCAUUUAACAUAAUGUUUACAGGGCUCUCGGGGCCUAGCAAGGUUGUGCUCUUUGUGACAGUAUGUACGGAUGAUUUUCACUUAUUUGUUUUCUAAUUUUAUAAAUGUGAACAAGGAGACUUUAAAGUCUCAUCUACUGAUGUUUUUUUUCCGAUGGUUAGUUUCUAUGCAUAAAAAAACCUGCAAUUUUACCUACAUGUGAAACGGGUGUGUAUUAUUUUUCUCUAAGUGUAUUUAGUAUUGUGACGGUAAUUCCUCUCUUUCGUUGUUUACAUCUGUAAAGUGCCGGACUGCUUGAAGCUUGUGCAUGUUUUGCAGCCUCUUUUUUUGUUUUUGUUUUUGUUGUUGCCUGUGUUUGAGUUAUUCCUAAUUUAUGAAUGCUGCAUGUUGGUGAUUGUGUAACUGAAAAAGUCUGUUUCACUGCUGAACUACAGGGUUGAAAGGUGCAGUAGUAGAGAGUUGAUUGGUGGAGUUUUGUGCGAGCACUUGGGUGAGUGAGUUGUGUGAAUGUUUUUGUGUGUACAUAAGACAAAAAAAAAACCCUCUACUUGAACCCUCUGUCCUGUGAUCUUGUGUCCAAAGCAUGACUCGGCUGGUCGUUAUCGCCGUGUCGAGCUUCUGACGGGUCAUUGUGUGUCAGUGAUGAGGAUUUAAACACAAGUUCAGCCUGAGGAGAUCUGUUCAUUUACAAAUAUAACAGGACAGAGUCUUCAAGUAGAGUCUUACCAACUUUUUCAAAACUACUGUGAUGGCUUUGUGUUGCCGUGUCUGAUUUCUACUUGCAUUCAUGUCAGGGAAAACAAAUUCUUAUGUGAGUGGUGUGAUGAAUGAUUACGAACGCGUGCAGUGUAACUGUUCAGGGAUAAUAUUUUGUACAUAGAUUGACACACUUGCUGUUGCUAUACUUAUUAUUGUUAUUAUUGAUAAUAUUAUCUGCCUGUCACUGUUACACGCCCUCCACUUUUCCUAGCAUCGUUUCCUUUACGCUGAACACUGGCUGUUGUGAAGCUAUACCACUCUGCUGUCUUUGUAAACUUGACACCAUUUUGUACCAUGUCAUGAGGAGCCUCAUUAAAGAAUUGAGGUGAAA